GCUGCGACAGCACCGGGACCGACACCGGGAAACCCCGCCAGAGCCCGACCCCGCCGCGACCGGAGCGGGGAGAGCCGCAACACCAGGAGAAACCGACACCGACAGACAGACACCGACCGACACCGACGGACACCGACAGACAGACACCGGCACCGGCACCCCGCCCCUCUGCCACCAGGAUGGUGAGUGGCCCCGGGUGCGGGUCCGGGCGGAGCUCUCGACGCCCCAGGCGAGCCCGGAGCGGGUGCCCAGCCCCGAGGAGCAGCAGUGGGCAGGGCCCGAGGCGCUGUGCCCCGGCUGGCUGGAGGACGAGGCCCCCGAUGACGAAGUGCCCGGGGACAGCGAGGACCCCGACGGUGCCACCCACGCCUACGAGCGGCUCCAGAGCGCCCUGUGCCAGGAGGGGCUGCCCCCCACGCUGGACUGCUCCGCGGAGCCCCGCACGGGAUUUGGCCCGCUGGACAUGACCGUUUGCAUCCUGGGCUCGCCCAUCCCCUUCCUGCCCGUCCUGCUGGAGGGUGGCACCCGCUGCCCAGGUGCCAUGGUGCUGUGCCUGUCCCCCUCCUGGGCCAGCCGGGUGCCAUCGGAGUCGUGCCCGGGCGCCUGGUCCCUGCUGCUCUCCCGGGGCGUCUCCUUCAAGGUGGGGGGGCACAGCGCCCUGGAGAGCUUCGUGCCGCCCCGCCGUGCCAACUACGUGACGGGCACCUUCGCGCCGGGGGACCCCGAGGGCGGCUGGGUGGGCGAGCUGGCCCGUGACCUGGACUGCCCCACGGGGGGCUCGGUGCCGCUCGCCCACCGCCUGGAGGACACGCUGCUCGCCCGCUGGGUGCUGGCGGCUCGUGCCAACCUGCCCGUGCCCCCCACGCUGGCCUUCGUGCUGGGCACCAGGGGGGACCUGCCCGCCCUGCCCGCGGCCCCCGGCGUGAGGCUGGUGAGGCUGCAGGACCCGCAGGGCCAGCAGAGCCUGGUGCAGGAGGAGGUGGGCGCCUUCCUGGGGGGCACCGCCAUGGAGCCCUACGGCCAGGUGUUGGUGCGGCCGGCGGGGUGGCGGUGGCGGGGGACAGGCGCCCGCAGCACCCACAGGAAGGAGGAGGGCGCGGCGGUGGCGCAGGCGGUGGGUGCCCUGCUCCGGGGGCUGACGGAGGAGGACAGCGUCCUGCUGGAGGCCAUGGUGCCCACCGCCCGCCUGCCCGUGCCCCCCCCACGCAGCCCAGCCCCGCGGCUGCCCAUGGCCCUGCGCAUCUGCACCCUCGUCUGCAGGUCCUGGGGGGACCGGCCCCAGCUCUGCCAGGUGGCCUGCGCCGUGGGACGCGCGGAGAGCCCGGUGCGCCACGGCGCGGCGCUGCCGCAGGGCCUGGACUCCGGCCUGCAGCAGUGCGGGGUGGCGGCCCCCGGGCAGCGACAGGCGCUGGCCACGCGGCUGCGGGAGGCCACCGAGGCCGCCGCGGCCGCCCUGCUGGCCAGCGAGGCCGAGCUGAGCCCGCGGCAGCGCGGCGGGGACCGGGCCCGCACCGACAUCCUGGGCGUGGAUUUCCUGCUGGCGUGCGUGGAUGAGGCGCUGGAGCUGGUGGCGCUGGCCGCGAACGGGCAGCGGUGCCUGGAGACGUGCGCGCUGGCCGAGGCCAUGGGGCGCGGCGUGGGCGAGCCCCGCGGGGACGUGCCGCGGCUGCUGGCCGAGGCCAUGCUGCACCGGGCGCAGCGACACCUGGUCGAGGGCAAGGACAUCCUGCUCAUCGGGGCCGGCGGCGUCAGCAAGAGCUUCGUGUGGGAGGCGGCCCGCGACUACGGGCUGAGGAUCCACCUGGUGGAGUCGGACCCGGAGCACUUCGCGGCGGGGCUGGUGCAGACCUUCCUGCCCUACGACAGCCGGGAGCACCGGCGCGACGAGGAGCACGCGGAGCGGGUGCUGGAGCUGCUGCGCUCCCGGGGGCUGCGGCCGCACGCCUGCCUCUCCUACUGGGACGACUGCGUGGUCCUGGCGGCGCUGGUGUGCCAGGGGCUGGGGCUGCGCGGCCCCGCGCCCGCCGCCGUGCGGGUGGCCAAGCAGAAGAGCCGCACGCACCGGCACCUGCAGCGCUGCCGCCGCGGCCGCCCGCCGCCCGCCGCCUUCGCCGUGCCCUGCCGCCGCCUGCGGAGCCACGGCGACGUGGAGCGGGCGGCGGGCGCCGUGCCCUUCCCCGCCGUGGCCAAGCUGGAGUUCGGCGCGGGCGGCGUGGGCGUGCGGCUGGUGGAGAACGCCGGGCAGUGCCACGCUCACGCCGCCCGCCUCUGGAGGGACCUGCGCGACGACGCCGACCACCCGGGCAUCGGGCUGGGCUGGGGCAACGCCAUGCUGCUCAUGGAGUACGUGCCGGGCACCGAGCACGACGUGGACCUGGUGGUCUUCGACGGGCGGCUGCUGGGCGCCUGGGUGUCGGACAACGGCCCCACGCGCGUCCCCGCCUUCCUGGAGACGGCGGCGUGCCUGCCCUCCUGCCUGCCCGCCGACCGGCAGGCGCAGCUGGUGCGGGCGGCGCUGCAGUGCUGCCGGGCCUGCGGGCUGCGCGACGGCGUCUUCAACGUGGAGCUCAAGCUGGGCCCGGCGGGGCCGCGCCUGCUGGAGAUCAACCCCCGCAUGGGGGGCUUCUACCUGCGCGACUGGAUCCGCGAGGUCUACGGCCCCGACCUGCUGCUGGCCGCCGUGCUGGUGGCGCUGGGGGUGCCGCCCGUGCUGCCCGCCCGGCCCGCGGCCCGCACGCACCUGGCCGGGGUGAUGUGCCUGGCCUCGGAGCACGGUGACACCCUGGCGGGCGGCGGCGGCAUGGAGGCUCUGCGGGAGCUGCACGGCCGCGGGCUCGUCCGCCUCAACCGGCUCUUCGAGGAGCCCGGGGGCGCCGGCGAGUACGAGGAGCCGCUGCUGAGCGUGGCGUGCGCCGGGGCCACGCUGGCCGAGGCCUGCGAGCGCCUGCUGGGGCUCUGCCAGGGGCUGGGCAUCGACUCGCCGCGGUAUCCCGUGGAGCAUUUCUUGUCCCACUUCAAAUAGCGCCGGGCAGGCAGCGGGGAGAGCGGGGGAAUGCGUGCCCCGGCACACCCGGCACCGCUCCCGCCGCCCCGCCGCCCCUCCCCGGCAUCCCCCCGGCACCCCUGGCCUGGCACACCAUGUCCUGGCAGCCCCACACCGCCCUGGAUCCCAGGCACCUGCCCUGCCACCCCAUUGCCUGGCAUUCCCAUGUUCUGGCACUCCAUCCCCUGGCAUGCCCUCGCUCCCCUGGCAGCCCAUCCCCUGACAUCCUGGCAUCCCAUCCACUGGGAUGCUCCCAUUAACCUGGCACUCCAUCCCCUGACAUCCUGAAACCCCAUCCCCUGGCAUCCCCCACUACUUUGACACCCCAAUCCCUGGCAUCCCCCAUGUCCUGGCACCACAUUCCCUGGCAUCCCCGUCCAUCCUGGCACUUCCUCAUCACACUGACACCCCUCACCUGAACAUUCCCCCUCUCCCAGUCCAGGCACCCCAUCCCCUGGCAUCCCUCCAUUACCCCAGCACCCCAUCCCCCUGCCCAGCACCCCAUUCCCCGCUUCCCAACGUCCCUCCCUGUCCCUUCUGCCCUGUCCCUACAGUCUGUCCCUGAAGCUGGGGGUCUGUCCCAUGCCUGGGGACACACAGGGGGGACACUGUCCCCUGCUGUCCCCGUGCCACCCCCAGGGUGGGGCAGCCAGGACCCCCGAGGCAGCCAGGCCACCCCAUGAGAGCAGCAGGUGACACGUGAGGUGUUGGCACCUGCUGGCAUGGGGACACCCCACAGGAACAAACCGUUAUGGGGAGGGAGACCCCAUAAUGACAACGAAUUAUUGGGACAUCCCAUAAUAACAAAGAAACGUGGGGAGACCCCACAAUAACACACCAGCAAGGGGAGACGCCACAGUAACAGACUGAGGUGGGGAGGCCCCACAGUGACACCCGGGAAGGGAAAACCCCACAAUAACAAAUGGGGAGAACCCACAGUAACAAACCCGAGUUUAGGGGAGACCCUA